UGUGUGUGUGUGUGUCAGUGAGAACCAGCAGCUGCAGCGGCGUCUGUCAUCAAGGUGACCCGAGAACAAGCGAGUGAAACAUGGCGAGAGGAAGCCGCAGCAGCCGCUCUGCUGCUCCAGCCAGUCCAGCUCCAUCUCAUGCUCCGCCUCCCGCUCAUCCGCCUCCUGCUGCCCUGGCUCCUGCUCCUACUCCAUCUCAGGGACCGGGCCUCAUGGCCCAGAUGGCCACCACAGCGGCGGGGGUGGCCGUCGGCUCGGCUGUGGGCCAUGUUGUUGGCAGCGCCCUCACUGGAGCGUUCGGUGGCAGCAGCAGCAGCAGCAGCAGUGUAGAACCUGCCAAGCCAACACAACAGGAGGCGCCACGAGUGGCUCCUGCUCAGCCCGGUCCAUGUCACUUUGAGGUCAAACAGUUCCUGGACUGUGCCGUGAACCAGAGUGACCUGACUUUGUGUGAGGGGUUCAGUGAGGCGCUCAAACAGUGCAAGUUCUCCCAUGGUGUGACAUCACUAGUGUGAAGGAGGGGCCACAGCUGUCAUGUGAUCCAGUUUCAUGAGAUGAUCACAUGAAUGUGAACUCAGGGGAAACGUUUGGUUCUAUUUAUUUUCAUGAAGUGUGUCCACCUUUGAACAGUGACCUUUAAUGUGACCUUUAAUAAAUAUGUUACACCUUC